AUGGCUCAGCCGAUUGCUGCGGCAACGGAAUUCUGUAAACCAAGAGCAGUGGCAAUGCCGAGGCAGCCACCAGACAGCGAGGCGAUGCUUCCUCCGAGACGCACCGUUGAAAUCUGGAAUGAAAACUAUCAUUUCACCGCCGCCGCCGAAAUCCUCGCCCAAUCCAGUGAACCUUUCGAGAGUGUCGUCCUCAAAUUCCUCACAAAUUCAGCGGAACGUAAAAUGGGUCUGAAGACGUUACUCGACAAAAAGUUGGAGCGUUUGACACGUCACGAGGAUAAAAUUCGGCGUGACGCUCUAGUGAUGUGGCUUCUGAAUGUCCAAUUAGAAGAGUUGGCAGAAAUGCGUCGAUUGAAAAAUCAAUCGAUAGAUCCGGCGUUCGCCGAGAAGCUCCGUGAUACGACGGAUCACGUUCAACGAUAUUUUAUGCGGAAAAACGUGAUCGAAUCGAUUCAAACGAAUCGAGAAGCGGUCUAUCGGAUGUGUAUAGCUCACGCCGAUUUCGAAAUGCAACUGUUCUUCGCGAACGCCGUCAAAGAUCUACGGACAGUCAUCGAUAUACUGAUGCUCCGCGAGCAGUAUAUCGAAGUGCUGGAAGUGUUGAAAUCUCAACGGGCAUUGGAGCUAUUCUAUGAGAUGUGCCCACUGCUCAUUGAGCAUAUUCCGAAACAAGUUAUCGUGUAUUUGAUUCAAAAUUUGGAUCAGAUUAGCCCACUGAAAUUGAUGCCAUGUCUGAGUCUCUGUGUUAAGAAUAUGGAGAUGGCAAUACCGGCGAUGAAGUAUUUGGAGACGUUGUUCAGGGUUCCAGAUCAACGGAAUCGUGGGCUUCACAAUAUUUAUAUUCAUUUGAUGGCGAAAUUUCGGAAGGAGAAACUUUUGGGGUAUUUGGAGAGUCACGGAACGAUUCGCGCGGAUAUUCCGUAUGAAUUGGACUUUGCCAUGAGGACUUGUGAACAGUUUAAGCUCGACGAAUGCAUAGUAUUCCUGUACUGCGUAGCUGGAAUGUUCGGUGACGCCGUGGACAAAGCUCUCCGUUACGACGUGAAUCUUGCCAAGAGAUGUGCUCUAAUAAUGGAAGAAGCCGAAGCGAACUUCGCGUGGCUCGAAGGGAUUCAAGAUCCAUCUGAAACUGAUUUCAUCCGUCAAAAAAUAGACGAGAAAUCGAAAAAAGCGAUUUGGCUGAAAAUCGGUGCCCACUAUGUGACAAACGAGAAUAAUGUGGAGAAAUGUAUUAAGAUCAUUGAAGAAUCGAAUCAUUUGAUCACAAUCCAAGAUUUGCUUCCAAUUAUUCCCAAAUUUACGAGAGUUGGCGAGUUGAAAUCGGUGAUUGUCGAGUUUUUGAGACGGAAUAAGGAACGGUUGGAGACGUUGGAACGAUCGAUGAAAGAGGCCACUGAUAUUGCUGUGGAGAUUAGGGAGAAACAGGAAAAGUUGAAGAACCGUACGACCGUCGUAAAGCCAUCUGACGUGUGUGCCCACUGUGCCCGCCCCCUCUCUGGAAGAGCCUUCAACGUCCACUCGUGUCGUCACAUUUUCCAUCGAGAAUGUCUCGAAAUCGCCAUGAUUCCCUUCUUGACUUCAGAAGACGUCACCAGAAUGCGUCUUCUGAUUUCAGAUGAGGAACGAGUUCUUUGCCAAAUGAAGGCGGAGCAAAUGGCUGGAAAUCAGAAGGGAUUCGCCGAGAAACAGGAGAAAUAUCUUCGAAUUGCCGCGGCGAUUGGCAAUAUUGUCGGUUCGGAGUGCCCGUUGUGCGGCGAUAUUGCUAUUUCCCAAAUCGACCAACAAUUCCUGAGCGAUGAGGAGUUCGCCGCUGACCUCAACUCGUGGCUUCUCUAA